AGAGCUGCAUCCCCCUCUACCACUCUUUGGAGACUCACUACAGCAACUCCUCGGCACUACAGCAGCUUUGUACAGGCAUUUUCAGUGCUUCUGGGGGACACACCAAUAAAAACAUUAAAGAUUUAUAGCUGUUUGUUCACAUGUGUCCAGGAGGAGAUGAAGUACAUUGGAUCCUGCAUAGUUUGGCUUUGUAUGGCAGUCUUCCUCCUUCCUGUUUCUACUUCUGUGGCUGUCAGUGACCAGACAGGUGCUGUGUGUCCUUUAAUGAAAUCAGUUGCCCAUCAUCUCAAACAAAUCAACAGAGACAGUCGUGGUGUAUCAGGGUUUGAUCUGGCAGAAAGCUUUUCUUUAAGGCAAACAUCUUGUAGUGGGGAAAAGAUUUGCUUUAAACUGGGAAGUGCACCUCUCAUUAGAGAUACAAGGCAAGUAUUUCCAAAUGGGCUUCCUGAAGAAUACUCUCUGGUUGCUACAUUCCGUGUACGGCGAAAUACCAAGAAAGAGCGUUGGUAUAUAUGGCAAGUUUUAAAUCAGUAUGACACACCUGAGAUCUCUGUCCUCCUGGAUGGUACAAAAAAGGUGGUGGAGUAUAUGACCAAAUCCUCUCAGGGAAAUAUACUGCACUACACUUUUAAGAGUCGAGAAAUUUAUCCAUUGUUUGAUCGGCAGUGGCAUAAGCUUGGUAUUAGCGUGCAGUCAGGGAUCAUUUCCCUCUAUUUGGAUUGUAAUUUAAUUGAGAGAAAGCAGACUGAUGAAAAAUUCACCAUUGACUUGCAGGGAAAGACACUGAUUGCUUCUCGUGCUGCAGAUGAUAAGCCUGUAGAUAUUGAACUUCACCACAUAGCAGUUUAUUGUAAUUCACAACUUGCAACAGAAGAUAGAUGUUGUGAAAUAUCUGCAGACUUGUGCCCCCAUGAGGAGAGGUUACUAGCUACAACUUCGUCACCAGUAUCUGUUCAUGCCAGCAAAAUAUACACGCUUCCAGGGAUGCAGCAAGAAUCUACACAGAGAUGCUACUGCUUUCCAAAUAAAGGAGAAGCAGGAUUGCCGGGAGUAGCUGGUUUGCCAGGCCACAAAGGAGAGAAAGGUGAAAAGGGUGAGAUGGGUGUGAAAGGACCAGACGGUGUUGCAGGUCUGCCUGGUGAAAAGGGUGAAAAAGGAGAUAAAGGAGAACCAGGACCAGAAGGCCUUCCUGGAACAGAGGGACUAAAAGGUGACCCUGGUAGUCCUGGUGCAGAUGGUCCAAAAGGAGAAAAGGGAGAUGCAGGACCUCCAGGACCAGCCACCUUAAGUGGUUUGCUGGAGGGUCCCCAAGGUCCACCUGGCAAAGAAGGUCAAAGGGGGAGACGAGGCAAACCAGGUCUUCCAGGGAAACCGGGGCCACCAGGACCUCCUGGCCCAUCUGGACUAAAAGGAAUCCUGGAUUCAUUGAACAAACAUUAUAAUGAGAGUGAUGCAAGACUACUAGGAGAACUUGGGACCCUUGGACUUAAAGGCCAGAAAGGAGACAUUGGUCAAAAAGGAGAAUUGGGAGUGACUGGUGCAAAAGGAGAAAAGGGAGAGCCUUCUGUAAAAGGGGACAAAGGAGACCCAGGAGAGACUGGACUGGAGGGAUCAAAAGGAAAUAAGGGUGAAAUGGGAGAUCCUGGACCACCUGGUCUUAUUGGAAAUCCAGGAUCAAAGGGACUGCAAGGCCCUCCAGGACCUGUUGGACCCAGGGGACUGCCAGGAGAAGUUGGCUUACCAGGAGAUCCUGGGGUACCAGGAAACCCAGGAAUUAAAGGAGACAAGGGUGACCCUGGUGGAAUUAUGGGACCACCUGGACAUCCAGGUCCAAAAGGCGAUAUGGGGCCUCCCGGACCAAGUCUGCCUGGAACACCAGGUCCAACUGGUGUUCCUGGAAACCCAGGUCCAAGAGGGCCAAAGGGAGAAAGAGGACUACCUGGUGUACAGGGAGCACCUGGGGAGAUGGGGCCUCCUGGAAUAGGCAUUCAAGGAUCACCAGGUCCUAUAGGUCCAACUGGAUCAGCAGGUGUGCAGGGCCCUAGGGGACCUCCAGGAUUGCCAGGAGCUCCAGGUACUCCUGGUAUUAAUGGCUCUCCAGGAAGAGAUGGAAAGCCAGGACUACCAGGCCCUCCAGGUGAUCCUGUUGCACUUCCACUUGUGGGAGAUAUGGGUGCUAUACUGAAGGGUGAUCCUGGCACAAGAGGUCCUCCAGGCAUUCCUGGCAGAGAAGGACCAAAAGGAAGCAAAGGUGAACGUGGAUUUCCUGGGCUUGUGGGGGAAAAGGGUGAUGAGGGUCUUCAAGGUGCUCCUGGACUACCAGGUAUAUCAGGACCCAGUGGCCCAUCUGGAGUCCCAGGAAGACCUGGACAUCCCGGUCCAGCUGGAGCAAAAGGAGAAAAGGGUAGUGAAGGUUCUCCUGGGAAACCUGGACCACCUGGGCCUCCGGGUAUGCCUUACAAUGAAAGAAAUGGAAUGAGCAGCUUAUAUAAACUGCAGGGGGGAGUGAGUGUCGCGAGUUAUCCAGGUCCACCAGGACCUCCGGGUCCAAAAGGGGAUCCUGGAACAGUGGGAGACCCAGGACCAAUGGGAUUACCAGGACUGGAAGGACUCCCAGGGGAAAAGGGUGACCGUGGACCAGCUGGAGCACCGGGAGUGUCAGGGACACCGGGAAAGCCUGGAUCUCCUGGGUCCCCAGGGUUGCCAGGAGAACCUGGUGAAAGAGGACCUAUAGGAGAUAUAGGCUUCCCUGGUCCAGAAGGGCCACAAGGAAAACCAGGAGUCAAUGGAAAAGAUGGAUUGCCAGGUCCUCCGGGUGCUGUGGGGAGACCAGGAGACAGAGGACCCAAAGGAGAACGUGGAGAUCAGGGUAUUCCAGGGGACAGAGGUCCGCAGGGUGAACGAGGGAAACCUGGCCCAUCAGGAGAAAAGGGGGAUGUGGGUCCUGUUGGCCCUCCAGGAGACAGAGGCUAUCCAGGAUCACCAGGUCAUCAAGGUCCCCCAGGUUCACCAGGACCGCCAGGGUUUUCAGUUGAUGCAAUUUCACUUGAAGAAAUAAAAAAAUAUAUCAAACAAGAGGUUCUUAAGGUGUUUGAAGAAAGGAUGGCUCAAUUUGUAUCCCAGAUGAAGCUGCCUGCUGCAAUGCUUGCCUCCCAAGCUCAUGGAAAACCAGGGCCCCCAGGAAAAGAUGGGUCACCGGGACCACCAGGAAAGGAUGGUUUGCCAGGCCCACCAGGAGAACGUGGAAUUCAAGGUUAUAGAGGACAGAAAGGGGAAAGAGGCGAGCCUGGAAUUGGACUGCCUGGUAAUCCUGGACCACCUGGCCCUGCAGCUGCUGGCCUGCCAGGCCCACCAGGAGCAUCAGGCUCGCCGGGACCGCAGGGGCCGCCUGGACCCAACGGGAGGUGCAAUCCGGCAGAUUGCUACUACCACGUGUCACAGACUCGCUCACGCACCAGCAGGAAAUAAAAACCCUCUCCCCCAGACACUUGGGUUCACGGUCACUUUUCACUCUUUCCAAUAAGUUAAUUUAAUUUUUGAAAUAUUUGGUGCAUUUUUUUUUCUUCUCUCGACACUGCAUGGCAUAUAGAUAAUUUGUAAGGCACAAAAUUGAGCCUUUUUCUAUGUUAUUUGCAGUGUCAUAAUGAUGACAUGAUGUCAUAUAUUUUCCAGAGUGCAUUCCAUGUGUCGUUUCUCAUAUUUAUUUUGCUUAGAACAGAAAAUAGGCCCAAAUAAUUUUCAUAAACUUCAUUCUUCAAACAAAAAAUAUCUUAUUAUAAAUUAAGGCAUUAUAUAUGCCUCCAUAUGUAAGCUGGCUUUAUUUUUCUUGCUGGUGGUGAAUUUUAAAUGGAAAAAAAUACAUUUCUGAAGUUACAAAGAGUACUCAUUCAUGGCAAACGCAGGACCUGAGCUGGAGCACUGGGAACUCCGUUUAGACUAAACAUUGAUGUCCCUCAAGGAGGCUCCAGCACACCUUCUGAAAAAAGGUCUGCUGUGCUCCAGGAAUGCUGCCCACCAUUUCACAGUCACAUCCAAGAUGGCAAAGAAGGAAACAAAGAUGCAUUUAUGGUCUCCUUAUCCCAUCCAACGAUGAGCUUCAGCCUGACUGGAAAAUCAUCAGGUGCAGCUCCAGGAAGUGUCUCUCCUGACUGGAUUUUGUCCCAGCUGGGGGCUUGUAUGUUCCCUUAGCCAUGGUUACACCUACCCCAGAUAUUAAAUGCAAGAGGCUGCUGACAGUGUUCUGGACUGAGAGCUGGCACACCUUCUAACCAUUAUGUGGACUGAGUAAGGGUACUAAGGCCUGGAAUCAAGCUACUCUGCCAUUAAGUUCUGCCUGCAGCAAAGGUGACCCCUUGCUUUAGAGCAGAGGCUGGUGAGUACAUAGUCCAAGAAUGGAACUUCACAAGCCUCUAAUCUUGGUGAUGGCACUGUUUUCCUCUUCCUCCUGCAAUAUUCACAUGCUGAAAUCAUCUUGAGAAGAACAUGGAAUCUGUAGAGUGCACAACUCACGUGUCCUACUAACUGGUGACAGAGAAUUUCUUGAGUUCAAGAGAAAUUUGGAAAAAAAUACAAAACCCUUCUAGAAAGGUGUACUACUGAGAGCAACAGCAUCCAGUUUUCAGGCAUUUAGUAAAGGCUGCAGGAACAGACAAUGUAAAUUAUGAACAAAACAGAACAAUGUUUAAGUCCUGUAGAGUUCAAAGGGUUGAGCAAAAGAAAAGCUGAAGAAAAUUAAUCACACAGAUUAUCUUGAAAAGGAGUGAGUAGGGGUGGCCAGAAUUUCACUUCUGAUUAUCAGGAAACAGAUGAUCUUCAGUUAGUCCUGUGGAAUUUUGUACAGUGCAAUAGAAAGUGAAGGUGCUAUUUAGAAAACACAGACAUCUAUACCCUACAACUUCAAAAUGCACCUGUAGUACUAAGCCAUAUUGAGGGUUCUUAUCCCAUUGUUUGGAAGGCAGUCACUCUCCCACAUCAGGCUAGUUUUGAUAAGUUUGUGCUUAAGCAAUACUGAGCUGCCAGGGAAAUAUUCUCAAACUGGAUGUGCUGGCUUCCAGAGAAGCUGUUGUGAUACAUGAAUCUGGCUGACUUCUGGGUUUUACUUAAAAUCAGUUAAGGAAUGACUGGUGGGAGUCUUUAGCAAAAGAAGCAAAUUGGCAUUUGUUCUGAAUAGAGUUCCUAGCACUUGCACCCAGAGCAGAGGAGCAAGAUGAGAGCAAGAGGUGACAGAAUUAACUCAGGCAGCAGCUGGGGCACUCAAGACACUUUCUGAAAGGGAAAUCACACAUCCCUGACAUGUUCAUUGGUUAGGUGCUUGGAGGAGAGAAGGUGCUUGCUACAAAAGGAUGUUAAAGGAAACACAGGGAUGGAAGGCUGAGAGUAAACACCUGGAACAGGAGAGGGCAGCAGGAAUGAGGACGGCAGAAAACCUGUGGUAUACCAUGAAACUACCUCCUGAAGGAGCUGCACUACACCCUGCAGCUGGGGACACCUUGGGGAGUCAGGGUGCUUUAUCUAUUGCUUGUGAGAAUAGGGUCAAAAGCCCACAGGAGAACCCAGUCCUCCUCACUCCUCGGGGGGCAAUGGCUAUCCCUUCUGCAGACCAGCACAUCCUCUGCUCUGCGGGCAGCGGGCGCCUGUCCCGCUGGGAUGAAGCUGCAUUUGGGACAAGUGGUCCUGCUGAGCUCAGCUCAACACAAGCUGUUCCCACUGCAGAACUGCUGUGCCAUGGAGCGUGUUUUGGUUUGCUCUGUGGAACUGAUCACCCUGCAGUGCUGGUCCUCAGAGCGCCGGGGCUGUGGGAGUGCUGGGAAUGGGAGGCAGCUUGAGCCCGAGCACUGAGGCACCGACUGCUGCAUGGGCCACGGAGAGCACAGCCUGGCACCAGCACAUCUCGGUGUCUGAACAUGGACACCAGAGGAGGAACAGCCCCACAUACUGGUGUCCAUUCUCUGAAAGGAACUGCUGGUCAGGUAUCUUUUAUGUCCCCUGCAAUGAAGUUUGUCUCCAGGGGAGGAGGGACUCACCUAUGGUUGGUAAAAACUUAAACAGCAUCUGGUGUACAAUUGGGCAGCAGUGCAGCCUGGCAAUGUUUUGGGAACCAAUAUUCUUACCUUAGGCUGGAUCUGGUUUCAAUGUUAAAAGAGCACUGGGACACAGAAACAGGAUUGAUUAUCCAUCCUUCUCUUACAUUUUAUGAUUGUGGGUUAUGACAGGUGUUAGAGAUGUACAGCUUUGUUAAAUAAGUGGGGGUUUUAAUUAAUGGAUAAUAGCACAAAAUAUUUUGGGUCUUCUUUUUCACAAGGGUGAAAUGUUAUUUUUCAUGUCUAUGUACACUCGUUUUUUAUUCUCUUUCUUUUUCUAAAAUGUUUAUUUGAAAGUCUUGUAAAAAAAAACCCUGGCUAAAUUAGCAUUUUAUAAACUUGUUUCUCCAAACAGACUACAUAAAACCACUCCUUAAUCUUACAUUUUACCAAUGCAGUAGAAAUGCUGCUCUAAUGUGAGAUGUUAGAACAACAAAAGUUACUCAGAAAUCAAAAUAUUGCUGGUUUGGGGUGUGUUUUUAUUGAGUUUUUCAUGGUUUCUGAAUGUACCAAGUCACACAUAUUUUUCCUGAAAUCUGAUAUGUCCACUACAAUUCAAUUGUACUGGGUGGAUGUUUAAAUCACCUCCAUGCACAUAGGUGGGUGUAGGCCAUGGAGAACAAGUUUAACCCUGACCUUGUCAUGGUUGGUAUUUAAGUGGAAAAUUCAAGUUUCAGGAUACUGUAAAAAAACAGGGUUUUCAAAUAUUAAUUGCUAACAAACAUUACAGAUUCUAGACCAAAAUAAGUUUGUAGCUAAAAAGGUUGGAGUCUACAUGUCUUUUAGCAGUUUUCUUUCUUAGUCUGCUAUUUUAUAAACACAUAUGCAUUUAAUUACUAACUUUAGUUUUAAUGUAAAUCUAUUCUGUCUCCAGUCAGUGUUUGAAGGAUUCUCAAUGACACACCUUGGUAUUUUGUAUUCUUUCAUUUCUGAAUUAUAUGCAGCUGUCACUGAAUGAAUCACAGAACAUGAUGACUGGUUGCUUCCUUUUUUCCUUAUACUUUUGGUUUGCAGCAUUUAAGGUUCAGUUCAAUGGAAACAUAUUAAGUGGAUGAAAAAUAACUUUUUACAUUAUUGUGUGGCCAUGUACAUCUUAAACAGGAUGCUGGAUGUAAAUGGAAAUAUUUCACAUACCUUCUGUUUGUGACUCUGUCAAAAAUGUCAGCCUUUCCUUCUGUGUCAAAUCACAAGAGGGAGGUUGCAACUGCAAACAGGAGAAAGGAGAGGCACAAAGCCACUGCAGUGAGCUCUGGGGAGAAGUCAGGGUAGGUUGGCUGAAUUUGGGGGGAUUGGGUUUUGACCCCAACUGAUGUCAGGCUUGUGCUUCCUAAACCUGAUGAAACUUAGAGCUCUACAAUCUGGAUUAGAAAACAAACAAACAAAACCACCUAAAUGCAAAACCAUAGUCUUAAUAUGUAUAUAAUUUAUGGAAAUUCAUACAUUAUCUGAAUGCAGAUAAUCUUCCUGCCCAACUGGGAGAUAAUCACUUUUAUUCAAGAAACUGAUUCACUGAAUUUUAGGGAACUGUAGGAAUUUUCAUUUUUCUCUUGCUGCCUAAUUCUCCCUGGAGGAAAAACGCUGAUAGCAUUUUAAAGGACUAUAGGUAAUAAUUUCACCACUAACUUUAUUUUCUUUCUUCCAAUUUCAUAGUGACUUCAGAAAUUUUAUUUUGUUCAUUGUCUGAAGCUGCCAGGUUUACUCAUCCUUUUGAAUGCACAGGCAGCAAGCAAAACAACAGGAACAACAAAAAAUUGAAAGGAGGGAAUAAAACUGAAGCUGUAGCAAAUCACACAGGAGUAGCUUGCCCUACAAAAAUAUAGAUAUUUCUUCUCUACCUGUUACCCAUGAGCAGAGGAGAUGCAGCAACUGCAUUUUUAAGUAAAAAGGAAGCAGAGGCUAAGUGGCCAAAAAAAAUACAGUGAUGAGCAGGUCAAGAAAGCACAUUUCACACAAUUAUCUAAUCAAUUUAAAAAUGUUUGCAAAAAUGUAAUGUUUGUAUGUGGAGCACAACUGCUGUGUUCUACAAGGAUGAGCUAACACUUGUCUGAAACAAAGUGUUUCUUGGGAAACCUGGUUUCUUGUUCCUUAUGUUCUUCAAGUAACCUUCAAAAUACUAUCUGUUAACACUUUUCAUAGUUGAAGGAAAACAAAUUUUGUUGUAGAUCUGUGCUUGGCUCUGGGUGAUAUUAGAUCAUGACUAAGGUAUUGAAGGACACAAAAUGUACUGUAAUCCUCUUUAGCCUUGGUUUCAUACAUCAUUUAGGAGCUUCAAAUAGUGCUCUAGAGCUUCUUUAACUACAGAGAAUUUUGCCUUUGUGAAACAUUCAAGAUUUUUUGGUAGCAGUUUAUACUAACUUGCUUGAACCCAGUGAUGGCUGAGGCAGAAAACUUAUAUAUAAACUCAUAUAUUAAUUACAUGUGUAUAUAAUCUAUAGAUGUAUAAUACAUCCAUCUCUUAGCUCAAUAUUUGGCAGAAGUGUUAUGAAUUCUUGCUAAUAGAGUGAUGGUGAAUGGUGUUGAUGCAGCUGGCCUCUGGUCACUAGUGGAGGUCCCCAAGGCUCGGAACUGGAGUUGGUUCUGUUCAGUGUCUUUAUCAGUGACCUCAGUGAGGGGAUUGAGGGCACUCUCAGUGAAUUGCAGACAACACCAAGCUGGGUGAGAGUGUUGAUCUGCUGGAGGAUAGGAAGGCUCUGUAAACUGGGGAGUCUGGACAGGCUAGACGGAUGGAUGAUGAGGAUUGCCCUAACCCAUGCGUAGGACCUUGGCCUUGGCCUUGCUGACCUCCAUGAAGUUCCCAUGGACUCCCUUCUCAAGCCUAUCCAUGUCCCAUCCCUUUCCUCCAGCACGUUGAUCGCACCACACAGCUUGGUAUUGUUGGCAAACUUGCUGAGGGUGCGCUUGAUCCCAUAGUCCAUGGCACCAGCAAAGACAUUUAACAGUGCCAGUCCCAAUAGGGACCCUUGAGGAACUGUCUCCACUUGGACAUUGAGUCAGUCACCUCAACUCUUUUAGUGUGGCCACCCAGGUCUGUCUGUCAAAUCCAUGUCUCUCCAGUUUACAGACAAGGAUGUUGUGUAGGACAAUGUCAAAUUCUUUGAUAGAUAGAUUAUCAUUCCCUCUUCCUUCCUCCAUCACUACUAUAACCCUGUCAGAAGGCCACCAAAUUUGCUGGCAGUGCCAGGUUAAUAGUCAGACUCGAUGAUCUUAAAGUUCUUGUACAACUGAAAAAAGUCUAUAAACUGGUUAACAUUACGAUUUUCUCUGGGUUCCUGCAUAUACUGAAGUAACUGAAGAGCUAAAAUAUGUUUUUAGCACACUGCAGUUAAACCUCUAGAACUAGAAGUGGUGACAGAGAUCAUGGUGGGUAAAAUAUUCUCAUUAGUCUUCUGUUCAAAAAAUCUCACAGAAUUUUAUGAUGCUAAACCUGAAGGAGAUGAGAACAAAAUUUACUUGGGAUUUCACCAAGAUUUCAGGAGCAUCUGAUUAAAACUGGUGGCACACUAACAGUGGCUUGUGAAACCUCUCAGUCUCUUUGCACUGUGUCUUCUAAAUUUAUUUUUAAAUAUUUUUUUCUGCAUUACCAUAAUCAAUUAAUCUUUAUUUUAAGUUCAUAAUCCUGUCUUUAUUUUCCAAAUUUUUAUUUUACUUGAAUGUGCUGUUACUAAAAAUUCCACCUCUGGUAUGUUAUGAUGCACAGUCUACCAUUUGUCAAGUACCUCUUUUCCAUUCUGGUGUAAGAUUUGGAAUUGAAAAUUAGAUUAACCUACGCAUCCCAUAAGGAAUUACAAUGGGCCUGAAGAGUUUUUCUUCAGUUUUUUAAGUUAAAACUUGUGAGUCAACUUGAAGGCAGAAAACCUGUCACAAUCUUAAGAUGUCCACUUUUAAAGAUUAUGCAUUGAAUUGACUCUCAAUGUUGAAUUUGUUUGAUUGUAAUAAUUCUCGAGUUUUGCAUAUGAAUAUUUUUGCUCCUACAUGAAUUUCCUUCCAUUGUGGAAUUUUAUGCAUUUUACAGACUAUAUUUUCUAAAGCACUUCACAAUUAUAUUUAAAUGUGGGGGGGGGUUGCUUAUUAUAAUUCAUAUGAUUAUGCAUUACAUACAGAAAACAAUAUUUUCAUUCUGUUAUCAGGUGAGAUUUUUUUCUUUUCAGCAGUUUUACACACUUUAUAGUCAAAAUAAAAGUUUGCUGGUGAAACUA